GAAAGAUUUUUUUUCCAGAAUUGACCAUCACAGUCUAGAACUCUUUUUUCUGCCAUUGCUCGGAUCUGUAUUACAAGUGUACUCUAAUUACCAUCUGUAUCAACAAUAUCGUCUUUUUAUAGAACAGCCCUCACUUUUCGAGUCUUAUCCUACUAUUUACCAUUUGAUCAAGCUUCGUGCCGAUUUUAACAGACAGAAUGAGGACUACUCUUCUUCGACCCCUCGUUCCCCGCCAGAAUAUCUUCUCUUCCUCCAUCCCCAGGACUUCUUUUGUUAAAGCAAACUUCGUUUCUACACCGAAAACUCCCAUCAACAACACCACUCGAGUCCGCUUCUAUUCUGGCACCAUGUCCAAGCCUAACGUUUUCUUUGAGAUUCAGUACGGGCCGCGCGGUGCCGACCCCGUGACUGGGCGCGUCGAAUUCAAGCUCUACGAUGACGUAGUCCCCAAGACCGCCGACAACUUCAGGCGUCUCUGCGUUGGCGAGCCCAACGUUGGAGGCUACAAGGGCUCCAGCUUCCACCGUGUCAUCCCCCAAUUCAUGCUCCAGGGCGGUGACUUCACCCGCGGCAACGGCACUGGUGGCAAGUCCGUCUACGGCGAGAAGUUUGCCGACGAGAACUUCAAGCUCAAGCACGACAAGGUCGGACUCCUGUCCAUGGCCAACGCCGGCCCCAACACCAACGGCUCGCAGUUCUUCAUCACCACUGUCGUAACCUCGUGGUUGGACGGCAAGCACGUCGUCUUUGGCGAGGUCGUUGAUGGUUACGACCACGUCAAGGCAAUUGAGAAGCUUGGCUCCGGCGGCGGUACCGUGAACGGCACAGCCACCAUUGUCAACUCUGGAACCGCUUAAAUCGGGUUUUUGCAGAUCACAAAUUCUUGGUCUUGAUUGCGUGUGUGCGCCUAGUCGGGACUGCGGGGUUCAUGGCAUAGUAGUCGGGUCUACUAGGUUGAUUAGGUCUACCAGUUGGACUGAGGGCGAAACGUCGAAGCAGUUGGGAGGGUAGAAACAGUUGUUUUGAUAAGAUACGAAUGGUUCCAAUCCUAUAGCGUUAGUUCCCAGUAACCUAAAAAGCAAUCACACUCACGUCUGGUUCCA